AGUGCCAGCUGUGGGGCAGCAUGCACACCACAGCGACGACCGGCCCGCCGCACCGACGCCGCGGGGACGCUUGACCAGACAGACAGGUAAAAGGGACCACAGGACCGAGGGAGGAGGUGUGGCCAGGGACAGCCCCUGCAGACCGUGCCUCGGCGACAGAGCCAUGGACAGCCUGGACAACACCACCCUGCUCCUUGCCCCGUCCUCGCUGCUGCCUGACAACCUCACCCUGUCUCCCAACGCCGGCAGCCCGAGCGCCAGCACCCUUUCGCCUCUCGCUGUCACCUCUAGUCCCGGUCCGGGGCUCAGCCUCGCUCCAAGUCCAAGCAUCGGCUUUAGCCCCGAGGCAACCCCGACUCCAGAGCCCACGAGCAGCAGCCUCACGGUCGGCGUGGCUGGCCAGGGCUCCUCCGCUUUCCCCCGGCCCUGGAUCCCCCACGAGCCCCCAUUCUGGGACACGCCGCUCAACCACGGGCUGAAUGUGUUUGUGGGCGCCGCCUUGUGCAUCACCAUGCUGGGUCUAGGCUGUACCGUGGACGUGAACCACUUCGGGGCGCACGUCCGGCGGCCCGUGGGCGCUCUGCUGGCUGCGCUCUGCCAGUUCGGCUUCUUGCCGCUGCUAGCCUUCUUGCUGGCCCUCAUCUUCAAGCUGGAUGAGGUGGCCGCGGUGGCUGUACUCCUAUGUGGCUGCUGUCCUGGUGGAAAUCUCUCCAAUCUCAUGUCCCUGCUGGUAGACGGCGACAUGAACCUCAGCAUCAUCAUGACCAUUUCCUCCACACUCCUGGCCCUGGUGUUGAUGCCCCUCUGCCUCUGGAUCUACAGCCGUGCCUGGAUCAAUACCCCUCUGGUGCAAUUGCUCCCCCUAGGGGCAGUCACCCUGACUCUCUGCAGCACUCUCAUUCCUAUUGGGCUAGGCGUCUUCAUUCGCUACAAAUACAACCGCGUGGCUGACUACAUCGUGAAGGUUUCCCUGUGGUCUCUGCUUGUGACCCUGGUGGUUCUUUUCAUAAUGACUGGCACCAUGCUGGGACCUGAACUGCUGGCAAGCAUUCCCGCAACUGUUUACGUGGUCGCCAUUUUUAUGCCUCUGGCGGGCUACGCCUCGGGUUAUGGCUUAGCUACCCUCUUCCACCUCCCGCCCAACUGCAAGCGGACUGUGUGUCUGGAAACAGGAAGUCAGAACGUGCAGCUCUGCACUGCGAUUCUCAAACUGGCCUUCCCGCCUCGCUUUAUAGGUAGCAUGUACAUGUUCCCUCUGCUCUACGCCCUCUUCCAGUCUGCCGAGGCAGGGGUCUUCGUGUUGAUCUACAAAAUGUACGGAAGUGAGAUACUGCACAAGCGAGAGGCCCUAGACGAAGACGAAGACACCGAUAUUUCUUAUAAGAAACUGAAAGAAGAGGAAAUGGCAGACACCUCCUAUGGCACCGUGGGGACGGAUGACUUAGUGAUGAUGGAGACCACCCAGACCGCCCUCUGACCGAGGAGAUACACGGGAGCUGAAACAUCACUUCCUAUUUGUGACCAUUGGUAGCGAGUAUGGUUCGCAUCCGGGAUAAAGAUGGGUUGACAUUUCCUGUAACAGAUUUGCUCUUCCCACUGUAAUGUUGUAUCUCAGUAUUACCCAUGUGUUUUUCUAACUCAACAGAGUCCCAGUAUUGCUUACACCUGGAUCAGCUAAAGUGCCGGUCCUCUGCUUAAGUAGUGUGCUGUUUGUUUGUUUGUUUUUUGUUUUGUUUUGUUUUCCCGGUUUUUGUUUGUUUUGCCAUUUCCACCAGCAUCGCUACAGAUAGGAAAUGGGGUUGGAAAUGUUUGUAAAUGUUUGUAAAACAGAACCAUGGGUUUGCUCAACUUACAAACAACCGAUUCUGUUCAGGGCGAGCCUGUAUUGAGAAAAGUCCAAAACGGGUCAGUGAAACGACAGGAUAGCAUUGCAUCGUCAAACCACUCUCAAGCCAGAGAAAAUCAUAUUAAUGUGUGUGACUACUUGAUCUAGUAUCUAUUGUUAAUGGCCAUCAACAUUGUCCAGGGGUGAAAGGCAUUUUCCCCAUAUGUUUCCUGUAUUUGUAUAAACGCAUCUCAGCUCCA